GUUUAAACUGUCAGUAUGUACUUCUUUUCCAGAUGUUGAACUAGUGUACUUGUCAAUGUGCUACAAGAAGUCACUUAAAAAAAAAUUAACCAAACAGCCAUCAAGAUUGCCCCCAUUUCCAACCCGCAGUCCAACAAAGAUCAAGAAGUAGAAGUGGACAUGGAGAAAGAGCUACUAAUUAUGGAUGGAAAGAAAGAGUUAAAGCUAUCAAAAUUCAGUAGAAUAUGCGUCUUUUGUGGCAGUAGCUCCGGCAAGAAGAGUACCUACACUGAAGCUGCAAUUGCACUUGGACAAGAACUGGUAAUUUUGCUGCUCUGUUUUUCCCCUGUUUUUGCUCUGUUUUCCCCUUGCAUGCAUAAACCAGAACAUAUAUGAAGAAUCAUUCCAGCCCUUUUCAUUUUUUUUUUCAAAAUUUGAUUUCUUAUUAUAAUCGUGCUCCUUUUCUGUUAAAUUUAGGUAUCAAGAAAAAUUGGGCUGGUUUAUGGAGGAGGAAGCAUUGGCUUGAUGGGAUUAGUAGCUCAAGCUGUGUACAACGGCGGAUGCCAUGUUCUUGGUGUGAUUCCCAGGACCCUAAUGCGUACGGAGAUAACUGGUGAAACCGUAGGUGAAGUGAAAGCCGUGGCAAAUAUGCACCAGAGAAAAGCUGAAAUGGCUAAACACUCUGAUGCUUUUAUAGCAUUACCUGGUGGGUAUGGAACUCUGGAAGAGCUUCUUGAAGUGAUCGCUUGGGCUCAACUUGGUAUCCAUGACAAACCGGUGGGAUUAUUAAACGUAGAUGGUUAUUACAACAGUUUGUUGGGCUUCAUAGACAAAGCAGUGGAGGAAGGGUUCAUUAGUCCUAGCGCCCGCCAUAUUAUUGUAUCUGCCCCUACUGCCAAGGACCUCAUGCUUAAACUUGAGGAUUAUUUUCCGAGUGAUGAAGCGGUAGGUACAAAAUUGAAUUGGGAAAUCGAAGUAAGCUACUCUUCUUCGAACUAUGGUAUUACAGGGAACUUGUAGCAGAAUACCAGUAAUUUUCUUUUGGUACAAUGAAGAAAGGCGAACCCAACUAUGGUACCUGGGUAGUCGUAAUUUUAUAAUGGCAAGAAUGAAGAUAAAUGGUUUUAGUGGAAAUGUAGAAAUUAAUGUCUUAUUCGAAAGGGGAACUCUUUCAUCUCUUCGUUGAUUGCAUCCUGUGUAAAUUAUAAUUAAUUGUUGGGACGUAAUUCUGAAUGAUUAGAGCCACCCAAUCGAUUCAUUUGUUUUUUAGUGAAUAAUUCCCUGUGCCAACUCCCAAUAUCAGUUUGGUACGGAGGAUCGUACUUGGUCUUUCAGUUUUAGAGUUUGAAGUUCACUUUCUUGUUAAUCACGCUAGCCGAAUCAAACAGAACGAUGAGGGA